UACAUAACGUGAAAUUAUCCUGGCUCUGAGCCUCUAUACCAGUAUGUUUUAAUCACAAAAUAGUGUAUAAAAAAUUAAAAAUUAUUUAUUGAGGAAAAUUUUUUUAUAAUACAUAAAAUGAAAUUUUAAAUAAUAUGAUUCAUAGCUUUAAUAUAUUUUAUUAAUUAAAAUUAUACUGUCAAUUAUAAAAACUAUUUUUUUUUCUUUAUUUACUGUACAAUAAAUGCUGUCAAUGGACUGUCAAGUAAUCUUUAAAAUGUUUGUCAAAAUUGAAUAAUAAAGAAGUUUAAGUUAAAAUAGCAAUCAUCACGCAUUCUCGUAUUUUAAAUAAUAAGUACUAUUUCUUUGUAUUAUCACUUGAUAUUUAAUAAAAAAAUCAAUUUAGUGAAGUAUUAAAUAAUAAAAAUAAUCAUGAAAAACAGUGAAGUGAACAAAAAAGAAGAAGAAAAACUCUGCCUACCAAAAAAAGAUGCUACCACGAGUGAACAAAGCAUUUCAAGUUUAAUGUCAACAGCAUCUAUUUCUCAAGAUGAAAAUUUUAGAGUAUUAAAACAUGCUGAAAACAGCCUUCAAUGUAUGAAAGAAUAUCUACACAACAAAUUACUGACCGAUGUUGUUUUAAUUGCGGGCGGAAAACGAUUUCCAGCUCAUAGACUGGUUUUGAGUGCUAGCUCUGAAUAUUUUGCAGCAAUGUUUACAAGUUCUUUAAGAGAAUCGAGUCAGUCAGAAGUUGAAUUAAUUAAAGUAGAUCCUGACGCUUUAUGGGCACUUAUUGAAUACUGUUAUACUGGAAGUAUAGAAUUAAGGGAAGAUUGUGUUGAAACUUUAUUAGCAACAGCUCGUAUACUUCAGAUAGAUUCAGUAGUAAAAGCAUGCUGUCAGUUUUUGAUAAAACAGCUUCAUCCAAGUAAUUGUUUGGGAAUACGAAUGUUUGCUGAUACUCAAGGAUGUUCUCAUUUAUUAAGUGUUGCUCAUAAUUAUACAACUGAGCAUUUCAUGGAAGUAAUGAGCAGUCAAGAAUUUUUAUUGUUAUCUGCUGAUGAUGUUGCCAAAUUACUCGAGUCGGAUGAUCUCAAUAUUCCAUCAGAAGAAAUAGUAUUUCAAGCUUUAAUCAAUUGGUUGGAAUAUGACUUAGAGAAUCGCCGAAAAGAUGCAAGCCUGUUAUUAAGUUUUGUUCGAUUACCUUUAUUAUCUCCUGUAUUCAUUGCCGAUAAUAUUGAUGAAAAUGAAAUAUUUAAAAAUGAAAAACGAGCUCAAGAGCUAGUCAUGGAAGCUCUAAAAUAUCAUUUACUACCGGAACGCCGUCCUUUGCUCCAAUCUUCUCGGACGAAGCCUAGAAAAGCUACAGUGGGUCAUUUAUUAGCGAUUGGAGGAAUGGAUGAAAAUAAAGGUGCUACUUCAAUCGAUGCAUUCUCCUUAUGUGAUAAUACAUGGAAAUAUUUAGCAAGUACGAAUGGACGUCGUUUACAAUUCGGAGCUGCUGUUGUUGAUUCAAAAUUAAUUAUUGUUGGUGGACGUGAUGGUUUAAAAACUCUUGACAGCGUUGAAAGAUUAGAUUUUUCUACAUUAAAAUGGAGUAGAUUACCGUCAAUAAAUACUCAUAGGCAUGGAUUAGGCGUUGCAGUACUUGGAGGUCCUUUAUAUGCCGUUGGAGGACACGAUGGUUGGAGUUUUCUUCAAACUGUUGAAAGAUGGGAUCCAAAUAAUGAAGAAUGGAGUUUUAUUGCGCCUAUGCCAGGACCAAGAACAACCGUAGGUGUAGCAGUAUUAAAUGAUAAGUAUGUUUUCUCAUCUCUAUUGCUUGUGAUGAUUGUCCACAAUUAUCUAUCAAUUAUGUGUCACUGUAUGCAUAUAAACAUAAACUUUAUCAGAUUAUAUGCAGUGGGAGGAAGAGAUCAAAAUUCUUGUUUAAAUACUGUCGACUGUUAUGAUCCUCAUACAAAUAAAUGGACUAGUUGUGCUCCAAUGUCUAAAAGACGAGGUGGAGUAGGUGUAGGAGUAGCAAAUGGAUGUAUUUAUGCUCUUGGUGGAUAUGAUUUAGCAUCAAGAGGUUCUCACGCUUGCAGAUAUGAUAGUGUUGAAAGAUAUGAUCCCAAAACGGAUACUUGGACUAUGGUAGCGCCAAUGAGUGUAGCAAGAGAUGCUGUUGGCGUUUGUCUACUUGGAGAUCAACUUUUUGCCGUUGGUGGAUAUGAUGGUCAACAAUAUUUAACGCUUGUUGAAACUUAUGAUCCAAUUAUUAAUGAAUGGCAUCAAGUUGCACCUCUUAGAACUGGACGAGCAGGCCCGUGCGUCAUUAUGAAAGAUCCCAUCGGCUGAAAUAUUACAGAAAAUUCUUUUCAAGUUACGAGGUAAAAUACGACAUGAAAAAUAAUGUGAUAAAGUUAAUUUAAUUGUAUUCAUUAGAAUUUAAGUUUUAAACUUUUCGAAAAAAAAUCAUAAUAAUUCAGUUAUAACAUAAAAAAUUAGUUUGGCAUAUUGU